AUGGCGUCAGGUUCAGAUUCCGAUGCUCCUGAAACGAGCUACAUCAUGAAGAACAGAGAAGACGCCAGCCUAGUCGGCACCCACUGCCAGUACGAAUACUGCAAUCAGCUCGACUUCCUCCCCUUUUUUUGCCAGUCAUGCACGAAGACGUUUUGCCUGGACCACCGCUCGGAAUCUGCGCACAAGUGCUCGAACCCAGGGGCGUGGGCGGAGCGGAAACGACAGGCUCAGCUAUCAAAGCCUUCCAUAGGCCAGGGGCGGACGCUGCGAGAUAAGAUCUCGGAGAAGCCAUGCGCUGCGGAGUGCGACACGAUUGUCGGCACGUCUUUGACGCCAGGCGUGCACUGCGAUACCUGUAACCGGGAUUACUGCUUAAAACACCGCUUCAAAGAUGAUCACAACUGCAAGAACUUGACGCCACUUGGGGCACGGCCCAUGCAAAUUGAUGUUGCUCAGAGGACGAAAUCUGCUCUGGAUCGGCUUCGCGCAUGGGGGACGGCCAAGAAGGAGCAGGCUGGCAGGGCGCUGCCCAAACCCAAGCCCAGCUCGGCGGCAGCCCGUCUGGUUGCCGUCAACAGCCUGAAGAAAUCCGCAAAGGGCGACGACAAACUGGCACCGGAGAAGCGCGUCUACGUCUAUGUGGAGGCUGAAGCCGAGACGGCAAAGGCAAAGUUCCCCAAGGGCGAAUUCUUCUAUUCCAAAGACUGGGUCAUUGGCAGAGUACUAGAUGCGGCGGCACGGAGUCUUCAAGUACAGAAUAUCAACAAUCAGAGCUCGGAUGAGCGAGACAAGUUACGGAUUUUCCAUGUCGAGGGCGGCAGGCUUUUGGAGUUUGGCGAGAAGGUUGGGACGGCGUUACAGAGCGGGAAUACCUUGGUACUAUUGAGGGGCGUUGGCGCACCUCCGGAUUUGAUUGAGGCUGACGACAUCGCUGAUUCUCAUCUCACUCCAAUCCGCCCGCCCGUGAAUCGCGUGUAUCAAGAGAUGCCUCCGUAUGUGCCUCGCAAAAGGCUAAGAGUGUCCACGCCUGAAAAUGCAACCAUCGAGGAUAAGACGGCCAGCGGAGUGAAAUCCAAGGCGAGUAGCAGCCGGAAGAGAACGCUGUACGACGACCUGGACUCGUCACACACACCAAAUGGUUCGGACUCACUUCUUCACGGCCUUGGAGGCGACGACAGCGAUAGUCCUUUGUCUUCCUUGUCGGAAAGCGACUUCGAAGAUGUCUCCAUUGCGAAACAGCUGAAGACAAAAGAUGCUGGCGAUGCUGACGAAGAUGAUGAGGACGACGACAUCGAGUUUGAGGAUGUCGAAGCUCCUCAGCAGUCAAUGCCGGACGCUCCAGUGCCGUCAGGCGACCUUGAGUUGACUCUGAUCCGGGACACUCGAAUAUCUCUGACGAAUCCUUUUGGUAACAAGAAGGGACCUUCGAAGCGAGAGCGAAAAGUUCGGAAUGCGACCCAUUGCGUCCACGUUCUGUGUCUUUUGUGGCACAAUGCGGUUCGAAAUUCUUGGAUUUGCGAUCCUGAAGUGCAAGCGAUCAUGGUGUCUCAUGUCCCGCCCAGGCUCUGGGAUGAAGUGGACCGAUGGAGACGUAAUAGUGGCCUGGAGAAGAGUCGGCCGAUACCGAAACCCAAGGCAUCGGCGAAAAGGAAGAGAGGCGCGAAGCAAGAGUCUCGAGACUGGGGCGAGGCUGCCCAGCGGCUCGAAGAAGGAGCUGUCGACAUGAGCCACGGCGAUCCUCUGUUUCGAUUUAUGAAGUCGCUAGUCGCCUGGUGGAAACAGCGAUUUCGAGUCUCGACACCUGGCCUCCGGAAAUGGGGCUACAUGUCGCUGGAGCGUCUCGAUAGACUCACCAAGGCGUAUGUAGAUCAUGAGGACGACUACGAGGAAUUUGGAGAGCGAUUGAAAGGAAUAGAUGAUUUUCGACAAUGCGCUAUUAACUGUAAAGGAAGUAGAGACGUUGGAGCUCAAUUGUUUACGGCGCUUCUUCGAGGCUUGGGAGUUGAUGCUCGUAUGAUCGCCAGUCUGCAGCCCCUGGGCUUCGGAUGGAAUAAACUGGAAGACGCAGAUGCAGAGGAAGAUGAAAAGAAGGAAAACACGCCUGCCAAGUCUGCGAAUAAGCAAAAGUCUGAGAAGAAGCCAGCAGCAAAAGCUACAAAAAAGAAAGUGGCGGAGAAGCCAAAAGCCGACAGCACACCAUCACGGCCACGCUCAGCUCGUUCAUCUACGAGGCUGACUACCCCUCCAACCGAAGAGACCGAAGAUGAUUUAGAACUGGAGUACAAAGAUACAGACGACGAAUCUGUGGAGAUAGAUCUUACUCCAAAACCCAAAUCUAUAUUUACGAAGAAAUUCGAUAAUGACUUGGAAUAUCCGCAUUACUGGAUAGAAAUCUUAUCACCUGUUACAAAGAAAUAUUUAUCAGUCGAUCCGAUUGUAAAAGGAACCGUCGCAGUAAAUAGAGAUCUCGUCGAGACAUUUGAGCCUCGCGGCGCCAAAGCAGAUAGGGCAAGACAAGUCAUUUCUUAUGUCGUGGGAUACUCAGGAGAUGGAACCGCAAAAGAUGUUACGGUGCGCUAUUUGAAACGACAAGUUCUUCCUGGUCGAACCAAAGGUGUCAGGAUGCCUUUGGAGAAAAUCCCAAUUUAUGAUCGCAAUGGAAAAGUAAAAAGAUACGAAAUGAUGGACUGGUUCAAGACGGCCAUGUCUGGAUACAGGCGAGGAGACAAGAAGAAUCCCGUCUCGGAAAUCGAUCAGCAAGAAGACGCAAUAGACCUGAAGCCGGCGAAAGCAGAGAAGAAGGAGGUAAAGGAAGGCGAGGAGACACUGCAAUACUAUAAACAGUCAAAAGACUUUGCGUUGGAGAGGCACCUCAAACGCGAAGAGGCCCUAAGACGAGGGGCGGAACCAAUCAAGAUUUUCAAAAAUAAAGGAAAGGGCGGCAAAGUCGAGGAAGAGGAUGUUUAUCUUCGGUCAGAUGUUGUUAAUGUCAAAAGCGCGGAAACUUGGCAUAAACAAGGCCGAGCUCCGCUUGCUGGUGAAGAGCCUCUGAAGAGAGUCCCGUAUCGAGCAGCGACAUUAAACCGAAAGAGAGAAAUAUUAGAAGCCGAGGCAAUGACUGGCCAAAAGGUCCUGCAGGGGUUAUACAGUUUCGACCAGACUGAUUGGAUCAUACCGCCGCCUAUCAAGGACGGCGUGAUUCCGAAGAACGAAUACGGGAACAUUGAUCUGUUUGCUGAGCACAUGUGUCCCGAGGGAGCUGUGCAUGUGCCAUUCAGGGGUGUAGGCAAAGUUUGUAAGAGGCUUGGAAUUGAUUACGCAGAGGCCGUAGUGGACUUUGAAUUUGGCCACAGAAUGGCUGUCCCCGUGAUCCAGGGAGUCGUUAUUGCGCAAGAACAUCACGACAAGGUCAUGGUCGAGCUAGAGAAAGACGAGGCUGAACGAGUGCGAAAGGAGGAUGAGAAAAGACGCAAAGCAGCACUUGGCAAGUGGAGAAAGUUUCUCAUGGGAAUGCGCAUCGUGCAGAGGAUCCGUCAAGAAUACGGCGAAGUCGAUGACAGCGUAUCUGUGUUUGGCCAUUCUCGGGGCAAAAUGCAAGUCGAUGAACCGCCAGCGGCUCAUGACGAAGAAAUGGCAGGCGGAUUCCUUCCUGAAGGAUAUGAGGAAGAUGGCGAGGACCAUCGGGCGCAUGAGACGUCAAACUUCUUUCCCUCGCUCGAAGAGGAUGAUCAUGGCGGAGAUGGGGAUCUCGUAAUGGAAGAUGAUGGCGGAGCUGGCACGAGCGAAGCUCAGACUGAAACAGAGAUGCUAGCGGAGGCGAAAGGGAAGAAGCCGGUGGCGCCAAAGGGGCGUAAGCCACGAGCAACACGGCGGAAGAAACAAGUUGUUGAUAGUGAAGAUGAUGAUGAGGAUGAUGAAUGA